AUGGUUAAGUGUGAUUUCCAACAACAGUUGGGACAACCUUUGUUUCAAAGGUUGUAUGUUUGUUUAGGAGCUGCUAAGGAAGGAUUCAAAUCUGGGUGCAGGCCUAUUAUUGGUUUAGAUGGGUGCUUUUUGAAGAGUGUUUAUGCAGGGCAACUGUUAACUGCUGUGGAUAUAGACGCCAACAAUGAAACCUGGGUGAUUGCUUAUGCAGUUGUGGAAUCAGAGUGCAAGGAAUCUUGGAUUUGGUUUCUGGAGCUAUUGGUGAAGGAUUGUCAAAUUGUAAAUCAAUUUGGCUUCACCUUUAUAUCCAACAAACAAAAAGGUUUACUGCCUGCUUUUGAGCAAGUGGCCCCUAAUUGUUACCACAGGUACUGUGCAAGACACUUGUUUUCCAACUAUAGGCUAUUAUUCAAAGCAAAAAGCUUGAGAGACAAGUUUUGGGAAGCAUCAUAUACAACCACUGUCCCCCACUUUACAAAGGCCAUGGAAGACCUGAAAAACCUGUCCAAGGAUGCAUAUGAUUGGCUAACCACUCCAGAUAAACCUCCAAGGCAUUGGUCCAAGUCACACUUCAACACUCAUUUGAAGUGUGACAUGUUGUUGAAUAAUCUGUGCGAGUCUUUCAAUGCUACCAUAUUGGAAUGUAGGGAUAGACCAAUUCUGUCAAUGUUUGAGUAUAUUAGAUGUAAGCUGAUGAGGAGAAUACAAGGAAGAAGGGAAAAAAUGCUGAAAUGGAACAAGCCUAUCUGCCCAAGAAUAUUUAAGAAGGUGGAGGGAAAUAAAGCCAAGGCAAGUGCUUGUGUGGCAAUGUGGUCAGGUGGAGGUAAAUUCCAAGUGGCAGCUAGUGGCCAUGCACGAUAUAUUGUGGACUUGGAUUUGAGGACAUGUUCAUGCAAAGCUUGGGAUUUGCAGGGAUGGCCUUGUGUUCAUGCUAUUGCAGCCAUAAAUUAUAAAGGGGGUGUUAAUGUCAUGGAUUUUGUGGAGGACUGCUAUUUCACAUCAACUUAG